AUGGCCAUCCCAUUCAAGGAAGCUCUUGCCCGCCUCGAGAACAAGCGCGUCAAGUCGACCCGCCCUCUCAUCCCGCCGCAGAUCCUCCAGGAGGACUUGCCGCUCUCUCUGGGUGCUGCGCACACCGUCCUUGAGGGCCGCAAGGCUGUUGAGAACAUCCUCCGGGGUACUGACGACCGUCUCGUCGUUGUUGUCGGCCCUUGCUCGAUCAACAAUGUUGACGCUGCCAUGGAGUACGCGAACAAGUUGAAGGCCUACGCCGCGGAGGCGAAGGACGACCUGCACAUCAUCAUGCGCGUCUAUUUCGAGAAGCCGAGGACAACUGUCGGCUGGAAGGGUCUCAUCAACGACCCCGACAUGAACGGCACCUUCGCCAUCAACCGUGGUCUCCGCAUCGCCCGCUCGAUCCUCCUCGACGUCAACAAGCUCGGUCUCCCCGCCGGCUGCGAGUUCCUCGACACCAUCUCCCCGCAGUACACCGCCGACCUCGUCUCCUGGGGCGCGAUCGGUGCCCGCACGACUGAGUCGCAGGUCCACCGUGAGCUUACCUCCGCUCUCUCCAUGCCUACUGGUUUCAAGAACUCGACCGACGGCUCGAUCGGUGUUGCAAUUGACGCCUGCCGCGCUGCGCGCUCCGGCCACGUCUUCCUCUCCGUCGGCAAGGAGGGUCUCUCCUCCAUCGUUGAGACCGAGGGCAACCCCGAUGUUCACGUCAUCCUCCGCGGUGGCGCGAAGGGCCCCAACUACGCCGCUGAGCACGUCGCCGAUGCUGGCGCCAAGCUCACCAAGGCUGGCCUCCCCGUCAAAAUCAUGAUCGACUGCUCGCACGGCAACUCGUCGAAGCAGCACAUCAAGCAGCUCGAGGUCGCUGAGGACAUCGCAACCCAGCUCGAGAGCAACUCCGAGACCGCCUCGCAGAUCAUGGGUGUCAUGCUCGAGUCUAACCUCGUCGAGGGUCGCCAGGACAUCCCCGCAUCCGGCCCCGCCGGCCUCAAGUACGGCCAGUCCGUCACUGACGCCUGCAUCUCCUGGGAGCAGACCGUGCCCGCGCUCGACCGCCUCCGCGCCGGUGUCCGCGGCCGCCGCCAGCUCGUGUUCAACAACGCGCACGCACACGAGUAA